UGAAGGUAUCUUGUUCUUUCAAGUAGAAUAUUAACAGAGAAUUUCAGUUGUCAUGGCAAAAUGUAAGGCUGCUACAUGCGUAAUUUCAUUUAUGGGAUUCCAUUGACUGUGGUCAUAUAAAUGACUAGGUCGUUGAGACCACAGAGAAGGAGCAUCAGACCAGCUGUGUAGACGCAUCUCACUGGGAUUAUUGGAUUCUACCACCGGGCGUACUUCAGACACUCCAGUAGCAGACAUUGCCAGCAUGUGUUCUGGGGGUUGUGCAAAAUGCCUGGGCAUUGCCUUGAUUCCCUUAGCUAUUCUAUGCAUUCUUGCCAACACUCUGCUUUUCUUUCCUGGCGGGAAGAUUGCCGAGAGCAAUGAGCACAUCUCAAAUGAAGUCUGGUAUUUUGGUGGAAUAUUGGGAUCUGGGGUUCUGAUGGUGUUCCCAGCUCUUGUAUUUCUCGGGCUGAAGAAUAAUGACUGCUGUGGAUGUUGUGGAAAUGAGAAAUGUGGAAAGAGAUUCGCUAUGUUUUCUUCUAUACUAUUUGCUGCCAUUGGGUUUGUUGGAGCUGGCUACAGCUUUAUCAUCUCUAUAGUUGGAAUACAUAACGGUCCAAAGUGUGAUAUAGGUUCUGGAAACUGGACAUAUGCUUUUAAUGGGGGAAAUUACCUAGGGCACCCUGAUAUAUGGAGUACAUGUCAAGCACCUAAGGACAUAAUCCCAUGGAACCUGACACUGUUCAGCUUGCUAAUGAUAAUGAGCGCAGUUCAAGCGGUUCUCUGUGCCAUUCAAGCCAUCAAUGGUCUUAUUGGGACUUUUUGUGGAGACUGCAAAUGUUCUUCAUGCUGUGGGGGUGAAGGAGCUGUUUAAAUUUGCCUGAAUAACUGUAGUAACCGUGUACCUCUCAUACAAGGAUAUCCAAGGAUGAAGAGCAUGUUUACCGCUCUGACUGAAUCUUAUCCCUGAUCACAGCGCAGGGUCACUUACUUUGGUUUGCUUUAGAUUUCUUAAAAUCCUUGAGGGACUCUUAGGAAGGAUCCAGAGGUUCCUUUGCACUGGUGCCUGCUCAGUGUAAUGCACACACUCAGGAGUCCUCAUAUUCAUGGCUCCCCGGCGCUGAUUGUCACCUUUUCCCCUAUACACCGGGGGUAGCUGCAGACCAUGAAUAUGAGGACUCCAGCGCUCAGGUCCCACUGGAGCUUCUCAACAGGGAUUUUAAGAAAAGUAUGACAUAAAAAAGAGUAAGUGACCUUGUGCCCUAUAAAAAUAAGGCAGUAGAAUAGCCCCACCUUAAAGGGAUUGCAUCACCUGUAAUUAAAGCCAGAUACCAGAUACUGAUAAAUAACUUUUCUUUCUAAUCUGUUUGAAAUUUCUGAUUGUAGAUUUUUUUUUUUUCCCUUAAGGAUGUAUUACACCAACAGAUUGUCUGACCAAUAUCUGUCCAAUCAGACCAAUAGUUGGUGUGUAUAACAAAAGAUAUGUGUGUGUAAUUGGCCGUGUGACCAAUGAUUGGUCAGAAGAUCUGUCAGACAAUCUGUACAUUACAUACAGCCCUUAGUUUUCUACAGUGUGAAUGCCCACCCCAAGACUCGAUUUACACCAUUUUUGCGGUGCAAUACAUGUGUAUAAGCCCAGAAACCUUCUCAAUGUAUAAGACAAUGUGCUCAUAGAUGUUUACGAGCAGACAUAUUCCAAAAGGGUGACCUUUUGGCACGCAGUUGCUGGGUAUACUAUGGGACCCCACAGCCCCAAUUAUAUUGAAAAGUGCGAUCCUUUUCAAUACAGCUGUAUUUUAAAAGAAUAUUUCUAAAUGGAAUUCUUUGGCAGACAUAUAGAACUACUAUAUAUUGGUUUCAUAUUUCUGGACAGCCAUACAAAGUUUUCCAGCUGAAUACAAACUUCAAAUGCAGGAGAAUGUAACACAAUGUGGUAUACCAAUGAGCUUCUGCCACACACAAUGGUAAUAUAUUACAACAUGACAAGUCGACAACAUCUACGCCAUGCUACAGAAUACAACCUUUUUCCAUUGUUUUUUCCCCCCCAGAUAAAUGGCUUGUGACCUUGAAUCCCCAGUCUACCAUUUACUAUGCCAGCACUUCCAUAUUCUGCAUUAUGUCCCUUUCUGGAGGUUUCCUAUGUGUGAAUCACAGCAUAACACUGCAGUCAUAUUUAUUUGUUUUUAUAUAGACACAGACUUCUUGCUUUUCUCCUCAUUGAUUUACUGUAAUUAAGUUGUUCUUACAGUAAUCAGUACAUACUGUACAAAGUUAGGCUAGUGUGCCAUGUGUCUUAUUAAAUAAAGAUUUUACACUGAAUGUGUCCAUCAGUUAUUAACGUGAAAUACUGGUAAUCAUAAAUUGUAAGCUUUUGCGGGCAAGGUCCUCUCUUUCUGUACCAGUCAUGCUUAGUGAAAUUGUCUGUAUUAUGUAUGUAUACCCCUUAUCAUAUGUACAGUGCCAUGGAAUGAAUGGCGCAUUAAUAAUAAAUAAUAAUAAUAUAUUGUAAUACAA